GUUUAUUUGAGAUUAUUGCGCAUGUUUUAACGAGUCAUCUUCCUUUUUAAGGCGGCCAUUAGAGACCUCGUGGGUCCUAGAGUUUUACUCUAAUAUUUAAGAUGAAUCCAGAAAAAUUAAAGCAGUUACAAGAACAAGUUCGUAUAGGAGGAAAGGGGACUGCCAGAAGGAAGAAGAAGGUUGUCCACCGAACAGCUACAACAGAUGACAAAAAAUUACAGAGUUCCCUCAAAAAAUUGUCAGUGAACAAUAUUCCUGGCAUUGAAGAGGUGAACAUGAUAAAAGAAGAUGGAACCGUGAUCCACUUUAACAAUCCAAAAGUGCAGGCCUCACUAGCAGCAAAUACUUUUGCAAUUACUGGACAGGCUGAAAACAAACAGAUCGCUGAAAUGUUGCCUGGAAUCUUAAACCAACUAGGUGCAGAAAGCUUUAGCAGCCUAAAGAAGCUGGCAUCCACGGUAGCAGCCUCUGGAGAUAACAAACAAUCCACAGAAGACAUUGAUGAAGAUGAUGAUGGAGUCCCGGAAUUAGUCGGCAACUUUGAUGAAACAUCUAAAGGGGAGUGAGAAGAAUGUGCAAGAAUUGAUAAAAAUCUCUAGUGCAUGUACUUUUGUCGGUUUGUGAUAUUGAAGUUACUCUCGAGUGUGAAGCCAUGCGUAUAUUUCCCAGCUAUAAUAUUUUGGAGACCAGGCCGUAAUAUUAAAAAAUGAUAAUAAUAAUAAUAAACAUCUGCAGACAAAUAGUGUGUGGAUGAACAUCCUUUGUAGCAGACAACUGCCAUUAUGAAUGACAUAUACUUCUUUUUCAUACAAUGAUCAAGAGCACUUGGGAAUCAGUUGACUUAAAUUUGUUGGCUUUUAAUAUUAGGUAUACAUAUUUAUUUCAUCUUUUACUCAAGUGCUAAACCAAAUAAACACAAAUUUUUCUCUA